AUGAAUUGUUUAGGCUCGGUAGUUAGAGCUUUUGGCGUCCUGGUUCUCUCCCACGCCGCUUACUCGACAAUCCUGUAUAUUGGAUGGUUGAAAAUCACGGAGAAAGAGUUUUCGGAACCGCCGAUGAGUGUUGUUCUGGAGUUGAUCGUUGGACUGUUUCUAUAUAUGUGGCCUGCUUUGACAUCCCCUAGGAAAUCUCUCCCUGUACUUGAGGACAGCGAUGAAAACAGCUCUGAAGAUUCGGAGCAUCAGUAUAUUUCCUUAUGCCCUCAAGUAAUAGUAUCUUUAAGUGGAGAUAAAUUCGAGGAAAAGAUAGACGACCAAGGUCUGGCAUGCCGGCCUGCGUAUGAAAAGAGGGAAUGCGACUCUGACAGGUGUGAGUUUAUUGGGACUACCCAUUUUCGAUGCCCGACUUGUAACGGAGAGAAUCAUCAAGAAUUUCAAAAGGCUCCACUUGAAAUCAAACACCACCUUCAUCGAAAACAUUUUCUUCAGCUUGUCUUGUCAGAUACACACUUCUUAUUCGUCCAGACGAGGGAAUGCUAUUGCUGUGCUGAAGAUCUUGAAAAAGUAUUUUAUUACUGCUCGGCUUGCGAUUUUGCUAUAAAUAUAGCUUGUGUGGAAAAACCGCCACUCCUAGCUAUAGACCACGAGAAGUGGCAUGAGCAUCCACUUGCUCUGUUUCCAAGAAGGACUUCCUUAAGUUGCAACGUAUGUGCUUUGGUCCAUUUGAGCUGUCCAAUCUAUAUGUGUCCCCCUUGUGACUUUGUGAUCCAUCAAAAAUGCAUCAGCUUACCACGUGUCAUAAGGAUAUCUCGCCAUCCCCAUCGUAUCUCUUUCACCCCAUCUUUUGAUCUAGGAGAUUGGUCUUGUCGUGUUUGUCAAAGAAAGAUUGAUAAUGAGUAUGGGGGAUAUUCUUGCAUCAAGAACGGGUGCUUGUAUGCAGCUCAUUCCAGAUGUGCCACACAGAGCAAUGUUUGGGAUGGCAUAGAACUUGAGGGUGUGCCAGAAGAGAUAGAAGAAGAAGUAGUUGAGCCGUUUGUAAGGAUAAGUGAUGGAAUCAUUCAACAUUUUCUUCAUGACCAUCAUCAUUUGAGACUUGAUGACAGCACAUGUGGAGAUUACGACGAGAAUAAACAAUGUCAAGCCUGCGUCACGCCAAUCUAUUUCGGUAGCUUCUACUCUUGUAUGAAAUGUGAUUUCAUUCUCCACGAAGAAUGCGCAAAUCUCUCUCGCAAAAUGCAUCAUCCAAUACAUCCACAUCUGCUCAAUCUACUGGGAGGUUAUGAGAACGCAAUGAAGAAUAAGGAUUCAUGUUCCGCUUGUCCUUCAUUCUGCACAGCUGGUUUCUUCUAUAAAUGCUCUGAAAAAGAAUGUAAAUUCCAGCUACACGUGCAGUGCGCCACAAUUUCUGAGCCAUUAGUCCAUGAAAGUCAUGAGCAUCCUUUAUUCCUGACCUCCAAACCAGACGAGCACAGACAGUGUUGUGUUUGCAGAUAUUCAACAACUGCUUAUACAAGUGAAACAUUCAAUUGCAUUGAGUGUGACUUUGCUCUGUGUUUUGUUUGUGCUACUUUACCUCAAAGGGUGAUGUAUAAGCAUGAUAAACAUAUGCUAACUCUUUCUUAUGGGAAGGAGACGAGUACCGCAACGUAUUGGUGUGAAGUUUGCGAGGGAAAGGUAAAUCCUAAGGAAAGGUUCUAUACAUGUGAAGAGUUAUGUUGUGUCACGCUACACAUUGAGUGCUUGAUUGGGAAGGAUUUAUACAUGAAGCCCGGUUUAUCAUGCGUCUACCACAAUAGAAAGAUAGGUUCGAAAAGGGCUGUGAAAGGAGCUGCUUCGUCUGUUGAUGUUGGCAACAACAAGAGGAAGCGAGUAGAUGAGAAGCCAAAGAAAGUGUCCGCGGAAGAGAGAACUGCGUUGAAGGCGAGAGAAGCUGCUAGGAAACGAGUUGAAGAUAAGGAAAAAUCGUUGCUUGGUCUUUACAAUAGACCGUUUUGA